UGCGUAUGUUGAACACUGCACCGGGCAUGGGGCCUCAUCUUCAUCCCGGACCUUGUGGUGACGUGCAUUCUUCGGUGCGGCAGCCGGUUGAAGGAGAUGAAGGCGAAAAUGAGGCGUCUCGGCUUCCUGGGCUGCGUUUGGAGCCUGCAGAGCCGUCAUCAGGUCAGUCUGGUUCCGUUCUUUAUGCCAGGCCGAGUGAGCCAGGUUGGCGGCAUCGCCCCUCGUGCGCACCCAAAGUCAGCUGCUACGAGUCUGCAGGACCUGAGCUUUUUUGAGCACUUCCCACAGCGUUUGAUGGCAACUGUGAGUCGAAAGGCAUCUUAUGGACUUUGGGCUGAUGUGACUAGCCCCACUGGAGAAGAGGCAACCGGUUUGAUCCACUUGUCGGAGAUGGAUCAGGAGCUUGACGCUUUUGAGGUCGGUCAGGAAGUGCUUGUAGAUGUGGUGUACGUUGAGAAAGAGAGGGGUCAUUUGGGCUUGUCCUUGCCGCGGCGCUCCUGGAGCAGCUCCAGUGUCGCAGAUUUCGAGGGACUCGAAGUCUAUGCCUCCGAAUGGCUGGAAGCACAUGUCGUGCCAGGUUCGACAGGGAUUGAACCUGAUGGUGUGUUUGUCAAGGUGGUGCAUCGUUCGCUUCGAGAAUCUUUGGGUUUUGUCUCCGCUGACUUGAUUGACUUGCCAAGAGAAAGCAUGAAGUCAUUCUUCAAGAUUGGAGAUCAGGGGGAGCAAGAUGAGCAAGAACGCUGCGGGCAUGGCGGGCAUGUUGGUUUGGCAGAGAGCAAGGAGGUGCAUGUGAGGCUCCUGAGCAAAUCUGAUGGCAUGCUGCAGCUGUCGAUGAAGGGUGGUGCAAAUGAUAUCAAAGCGGACCUAGAGGCCCAGCUGCGCAAUUUGGAGACCUCCAAGGUGCAACGUGCAGCUCGAAGACAUGACCUCUCAGCUUUCGCUUCGAUGGCCACCUCUCAGUGGAUGGAUGGCCGCAUUGUGCAAAUUGCAUCCUACGGUGUUUACGUCAGCGUCGAGCCACCUGGAGGAGACGCACAUUGGGGUCUUGUGCAUCUAUCAGAGUUCUCAGAAGAGAUGUCUCAAGAAGCACUUCAACCUGGUGCAGUGAUUCCGGUCAGAGUAGCCUUGGUGGAUCAGGAGAACGGCAGGUUGGCCUUGUCUGCCCGGCCUCUCAUGGCAGGAUCAGAUCCGACAGCCAACGCUGAAGACAGCUUCUUGAUGGGUGUCAUCGAGGAGGUGCACAGUUAUGGAGUGACCCUGACGACUCCCAUGGGUCGCGGCCUCCUCUACUCCACGGAGCUGGAAGAAUAUGUCGAGGAUGCUUCCAGCAAAUUUGCUGUUGGAGAAGAAUUGCAAGUGCGUGUCAUUGGUGAGAUGGAAAAAGGACUUUUGGCUUUGUCAAUGAAGGUCCCCAAGGAGCAGAGCAAAGAGAUCUCUCCGUUUGAGGAUGAGGAAUCUCUGCCCACCGCGCAAGACCUUCAGAUUCGUGCCAUGCGAAAGAGGCUGAAAGACUAUUUGGGCAUAUCACCCCAGGAGCCUCUGAGAGCACAGGUACAAGCAGAAACCCCCUUUGGACUUCUGCUGGACGUGAGUCAUCCUGAUGGCAGAGAGCCUGCGCAGGGCCUGCUAGUAGGGCCUCCUGAAGACCUCAGGACUGGCGAGCAGCUGGAGGUUUUGCUUUUGUCAGUCGACACUCAUCGUGGAGUCCUCAUGGUGGGAAGGCGCUGAAGGGAGCAGCAUCUCUGCAGGAGAGCAAGCAUCCAUGCUGGAGAAAA